GACUCCAGAGACCGGGCGCUGGGCGUCCGUAACCCGUACCCGCCGCCUCAGAGCCACCCGCAGGCUCGGCCUCAGCAGGCGUUUCACGUGGGUCAGAGCCCGUACCAAGCGGGCAUGAUACCCCCCAACGCUGUUUACGGGGAUCCCAAGGGGGUCCCGAUUCAGCAGACCAUGUAUCGGGACACCCCCGCUCCCUUCAACUGCGUCUACUGCGGAUCCUCUGGGCUCACCACCGUCAGAUCUAAGCCAAGUCUAGCAGCUGCUGUCGCCUGCAUGAUGCCAUUCAUGCUUGGGGUUUGCUUCCUAUGCCCCUCUAUGGACUGUCUCUGGCACAAAUAUCACUACUGCCCCAGUUGUCAGCAAAAGGUUGCAGAUUUUGAGAAAUCCGAUCCAUGUCUUGUUGUUGAUCCCCCACGCUGGAAGGAGGAGAGCUUCGCUUUGCCUGCAUAAUAUAUUUGAUUGUCGAUUACUAUCUUGAAUUUGCCUACAAAGCGUGUAUGUAAAUAAGAGCUGUUGGUGUGUGAGAGAUAUGUACACACAGGAUUAUUGUUUGGAUUUAGAUACUAUCCUGAAGUGUCAAUUGGAGUCUUUGUUUAGACAAAAGCGAGUUGCGCUUGGGUUUUGUCGUUAAUCUGUUGCGGCUUGGAAAUGAAAAUGUGGUGCGUUACGCUGUUUCAACUUUA